AUAUCCUGCGUUUCUUUUUACUCACUCUUUUCUUAACACUCUGUACUCAAAAACUAACAAUUGAAAACACGACGCCAAUGAAUUGCAAAUAAAUUUGGGAACAACAAGCACUGGACAAAAUGUUGACAACAGCGCGGCCAGAGAAAAAAGAUACGGAGCAGUACAACAGAAAUAUGGAUAUUCUACUGAAUGAGUCGGAUAAACUGCGCUGUUUUGAAUCGAUGAACCAAGACACACUUCCGCUGUUUAGCACUCUUGGUGGCAUUUAUUUGAAGGUCUGCGACGAAGCAGAGCCAGUAAGCACUUGCCUAACUCAUGGCAUGGAUAAGGAUAUCGACUUAAGCAUGGUGGCUAAUAAGGGUUCCAUGACUAUUUCCGUGGAU